GGCCGAUUGCGCCUCUUGCAAUGACCAUGACGACGCUGACAUUCUGCAGCGCAUUCCUCCUCGCUCUCCGACUGGGAGCAGCGUCGUCCAUCAUCUGCCAGGAAGCCGAUUGUCAAUUCUUCGUUUCGGCAGAACAGUCGGUGCAAAGGUCGUCAGCCGCCCGUCACCACAACGUGAUCGUACUGUUCGAUGGGAGCGGCAGGAACAGGGACAAGGAGAGGCCCGAGGAAUAUAGCAACAUCGCCCUAUUGGCCGACACCAUCCACCAAGGUGGCCACACAGGUAGUUGGCCAGUACGGCCUGCAGCAGAACGAUGGAUGGAUGGAUGGAUGGCUGCAGGUGGGGUGGAGGAAGUGGUCAAGUAUUUCCCCGGUGUCGGCACCGAGAGGGUGGCCGAGCUUAGUGAGCGCUUCGUCGAGACGGACAAGAAGCUCGGGGGCCAGAAGUGGUGGGCUGGGGUGCGAGACUCCGUCGCUUUCCUGACCGGCGCAGGCUUCACCAGCAACGUCUUGAACGCCGUACGUGAGGGAAGCUAAAAGCAGACGGGCAGACAGGCAGACAGACAGACAGACAGACAGAGAGAAUCCUUCGGGCUGGCUGGUUGGAUGUUUAUGUGUGCAGGUCAGUUGGCUGAUGGAAAUCGGACUGACGAAGCACGACCAGCUGUUCAUAUUUGGCUUCUCUCGAGGCGCGCUGCAGGCCGGCUGCUUCAAGGUCAUCCGUGCCUUAUACUCACUGCCACUGUGUCUCUGUCUCUGUCUGGUAUGCCUGCAGGCCUCCUCUUCACCUUUGGCUUGCCUGCUGACAGAGAGGAGUUGACCUUCUUGCGGGAGAAAAAGAACAAGUGGUCCCUUCUGCAUCGCUAUGAGUAUACGCAGC